GAAACUUCUAUGUUGAUGGGCAUAAACCUAAACCUCAUUAGCACCGGUUUGGUCAAUUUUUAGUAUAGUAAAAUUGAAUAUGGAAUUCUGUACACUGAUGGUGCUAGACAGGCUUGGAUAUUAUGUGAUGAUUUAUAAAGUAAUGAUAGUACUGAAGGAUAAUUUGGAAAUAAAACAGUGUAUUAAUGCUAGUACAUACUGUAUAAAGCAGCACUGCUACAUUUAUCCCGACAUACGAUACAAUUUAUAAAAAGUCACUGUGAUCAAAACAGAUACAUUGGACAUAGGAGUGAAACUAAAAAGCCUCAAAUGGUAAAAUGCUAUAUUGCAAGCUUAUAUACCCUAUUGCACCAAAAACAAAGUCUUAUAUAACAAUAACAUAUAGAAUCUCCUGAAAUUGCCCAGUUUUGAUACAUACUAAUUUAAAGCUUUAAUCAUUUUUCAAUUUGUUUGAUCAUUUUUUUUCAUUAGGUUUAAACCAACAGUGUUAGGUGUUAAUUUUUUCUGCCUGAGGUCAAAAUCUUUGGUUACUAAUAAGUUAAAGCUGGGAUAUGGACAGUGAUUCAGAAGAUAAGCCCCCAGCACCACCCGUUCGAAUGACAUCUGCAUCACACAAAGGAGAUAUGCAGACCUCCAAGCCUUUACCCUCAGUGCCGGAGACGGAAAAGAAAAAAAAGAAAAAUCUGAAGAAUAUUUUUAUCGGCGAUGAUAAAUCUAAAAAAGAAAAGGUUCGGGAGAGACCAGAAAUAUCAUAUCCUUCUGACUUUGAACACACUGUCCAUGUUGGUUUUGAUGCAGUCACUGGAGAAUUUACGGGAAUGCCGCAACAAUGGUCACGACUGCUUCAAACAUCCAACAUCAGCAAAUCCGAACAAGCCAAAAACCCCAAAGCUGUUUUACAGGUUUUAGAAUUUUACGAUCAAUCUGAAAAGAAAGGUCCUGACCAGAAGUAUAUGAAUGUGAUGAAGAAUAGUGCUAACUAUAACCAAUCCCAAGCUGUUUUAAAACCUACCCUCAACAUACAAAACUCGCGGCAAAACGAGCCCCCCCUACCCCCUCACAGCAACAGACAGCAUGAUUCUGAUGACAAAGACAGUGAUUCUGGUGACGAUGACGGGUCCCCUCCUGAAAUUGCUCCUAGACCCGAUUACACAAAAUCAAUAUACACCCGAUCUGUCAUUGACCCCCUUGGUCCCUCCCCAACCACCCAAACCACACAGAAUUCUGCACCAGCUCAACCAGGGACAAUAAAACGAGCUGAAAAACAGAAAAAAUCCAAGAUUUCUGAUGAAGAAGUUCUUGCAAAGCUAAGAACCAUUGUGAGUGUGGGAAACCCAGAAACAAGAUACACCAAGUUCGAUAAAAUUGGACAAGGGGCUUCAGGAACAGUAUUUACUGCCGAGGAUGUCGCCACUGGUGACCAGGUGGCGAUCAAACAGAUGAAUCUUUCCCAGCAACCCAAGAAGGAGCUAAUUAUUAAUGAGAUUAUUGUUAUGCGAGAAAACAAACACGCCAACAUUGUGAACUACCUUGAUGCUUAUUUAAAGGGUGAAGAACUGUGGGUGGUCAUGGAGUAUUUACCUGGUGGUUCACUCACUGAUGUUGUUACUGAAACAUGCAUGGAUGAAGGACAGAUUGCUGCUGUGUGUAGAGAGUGUUUGCAAGCAUUGGAGUUCUUACACAGUCGUAAUGUUAUACACCGUGAUAUCAAGAGUGAUAACAUUCUACUGGGGAUGCAAGGCAGUGUUAAACUAACCGACUUUGGAUUCUGUGCCCAAAUCACACCUGAGCAAAGCAAACGAUCCACCAUGGUUGGAACUCCAUACUGGAUGGCACCUGAAGUUGUUACAAGGAAAGCUUAUGGACCUAAGGUUGAUAUUUGGAGUCUUGGAAUCAUGGCAAUAGAAAUGGUUGAAGGAGAACCUCCAUAUUUAAAUGAGAAUCCUCUCAGGGCUUUGUAUUUAAUUGCAACUAAUGGAACACCUGAGAUACAACAACCUGAGAGAUUAUCCGACACUUUUCAUGACUUUCUUCAUUGCUGUCUGGAAAUGGACGUUGACCAGAGAUCUAGUGCUGUAGAACUACUUAUGCAUCCGUUCCUUCAGAAGUCCGCUCCUCUCGCCUCCCUGAAUCCACUGAUCCUCGCUGCGAAGGAGGUUGCGAAACGGAUGAUGUGAUUCCUUAUGUUACUGUGGCAACUAUGUCACGUGAUCGACUGAAUUGGAGGCGUGACCAUUAACAACAAACACCACAAAACAAAAAAGUCAAAAUCUACAGUAUCUCACACUUAGAAAGGAUUUUGAACUAAUUAUUGAUUCUUUGCACCGAAAUUAUAGGUUUCCUGAUCAGAUUUUGUCAAAAAUUGCAGCAGAUUCAGCUCCAGCAGCUGAAAAGAAGCAAAAAAUUAUAUUUGCGGGUCAAAAAUAUUGAAUUCCUUUAGCAUAGCCCAUGCAGCAUGUCUUGAAUAAGAAAAUGCCAAAGUCAAGAUGCUGCUGCAGUAUUUUCAAUCUAUAGUUAUAACCUCUUGUAUAAAAUAACUAACAUAGACUCAUCUCAGAAACUGGCGGAAAAAAAAUUUGAGGCAAUUUCUGUCACAAAAUUUACUUUUUCAAGGAUUCCUGACCACUCUGAAUUGAAAUGCAGGAGAUUUUUAACCAAGUAUUGUCUUUUAUGCCCUCUGUGGCCAUUAUAUUACUAUGCUAGUCGAUUUGAUUGUGUUGUAAUCAUAGUACAAUCGUUAACGCCUUGUCAAGUGAAAGAAUGUGUUCGGAAAAAGUUUCGACUUUUCCAGUUGACGUUUUUCCGACAUGAUCAACGAAACACAUUUUUUUACACAAAGUUUUUCGAGUUUGUGAUAUCCGAACACCAUACUGUAGGAGUCUACAGGCUCUUUUAUGUCUAGUUUGGCCACUUUUUGUGUCCGAAAAAAUGCAUCUUGUUUUCUUAAUGUUUUUACUCUGCAUAAAAUCAAGUUACUGGGCAGUGAUUGAACAUUCCUAACUUUGUAAUCGGGCAAUUACUUUCGUGUAUUCCCAGCAACACAUCUCUCUUUCAAUGUUUUGCACCUAUGUCUGCAAGUUUUGAAUCACACACAUCCUGCCUUGUGCAAUUUCAACGCCUUGAGAAAACUAUAUAGCAUUAUAGCCAAAGGUAUUGCAAUGAUACACUUGCAAUACUAUUAUAUUGAAUAACCAUUGCUAUAUUUCUGAUUAAUUCCUUAAUUAACACAGUAGCUGCCCUAAUUGGAGAUCCAAAAUAUUACCGAAAGAGACGACUGUUGCACAUAUACCCAAGAAUUUAUGUAUAUUCAUGCUUUUUAGUUAAUUCAUUACUUUUUGCAUAUUUUUAUAGCAUUUUCCCCUCAUUGAACCAAAGAGUUUAAUCUCCUUGGUUAAACAAAUGUGCGGGAAUGUUUCCUAAUUCUUUGCUUGGAUAUCAACGCAGUGACAAAAUUAUCGCCACUGUUUAUGAAACUAUGAGGAAAUUCUCUUUUUGUCGUAACUUCGCUGGUAGGAGAGCACUUGCUUAACGCCCGUAUUUCUGAUUCUUUUCUUUCAUUAAUGUCGCUUUCCCAGUGGGCAAUCAAUAAAUAAUAUCUGAUAGGAAAA